AUGUCUGGCGUUCCGGUUAAACCAGAGAAUGGCCAAAGCUCUGAAAUCAAACGUCCUGGAGUAGCGCCACUAAUGCAGGCUCCCUCACUUCACAAUAUUGUAGAGAACGAGCCCGUCCCUCCGACAAGGUUCGAUAUUCAUGAAGCCUAUACCCGGAUCCUCAACAGUGAAGACCAAAUGCCAAUGCCAUUGGCAGCAAUUCUGGCACUCACAGAGCUCAUAGGGCAUUCGAAUGCUUCGACAAUGCAGCAGUUACUAGAGUCUCUCCAACGAGGUGCUGCUAUCUUGAAGAGUCGAUCCUCCAACCCUUUGAGUUUGACCGCAGGAUGCGAUCUUUUUAUCCGAUAUGUUACGUCCCUCCCCCAGGACACAUCAGCAACAAGAUCUUUUGAAGAUCACAAGGAAGAACUAGUAAAACAAGGGCGAAAGUAUGCUCAAACGACUGCCGCUACAUGCAGAGAUACAAUCGCUCAGCAUACUUUAGGGGUUAUCAAGGACGACUCCAUCAUAUUAACUCACUCGUAUUCGCGAGUUGUAAUGCACGCGCUGCUAUAUGCACACAGACAACGACGCAUAUCGGUAUACGUAACGGAAGCUCGCCCGAGAGGACUAGGGAUGAAGACUUACGAAGCAUUGACUGCAGCGGGGGUACCAUGCACUGUCGUAUUGGAUUCAGCCGUGGCCUAUGUCAUGGACAAAGUCGAUCUUGUCCUCGUAGGAUCAGAGGCGGUCGUCGAAUCAGGUGGCCUGAUUAAUGCGGUUGGAUCGUACCAAGCCGCUUUAAUAGCCAAAGCUUCUAAAGUGCCCUUUUAUGCACUGGCUGAAAGCUACAAAUUCCUUCGCCUGUUCCCACUGUCCCAGCACGACUUACCGUAUGUUGGAGGCAUCGACCGGGAAUCAUUGGCGUUUGGUUCACCAACAAGGUCAAAGUUCCGUCCGGGUCCUACCGAAAGCCAAAAAGAGAAAGAAAAUAAACUUGUGUAUCAAGCGUUUGCACGCCCGCUGAUCAGCAACUACGAUCCUCCCGUCCAGGGGCGGUCUAUCCUUCCCUUGCCAGCCCACCGCAGGACACCUUCACGAGAACAGCCACUACCUGAGCACCUCGUACCGCCGACUCCUUCAGUUAGUUUACCAGCCACUCCUUCUAUGAGUCGUAAUCCUUCGAUGAAAAAUUUCUUUGACGCCUCGACGCCUACCUCUGCCAAAGGACCUCAUGCGGUUGCGACGAUGACCAAGGAACAGCUGGCUAAAAAUCCCGAAGUGGACUAUACGACUCCGGAUCUCAUCACCUUGGUAUUUACCGACGUUGGCAUUCUAACUCCUGAAGGGGUCAGUCAGUUCUUGGUUGGAAUAUAUGCUGAUUAG